AGAAUCAAGAGUUGAGGCGGGCCAAACAGAAACUAAUGGAGUCAAUUCAAAAAGAAGAAACAAUCAGUGCCCCAUUGGUGUCACCAAUAACAAGACAGUAAGAUAGAGUUAUUCUAUUUUUUGUAGCACUUAAGCUGUGUUCAUCCUAAAAUGAAAACUAUAUGUUUAAUACAUAACUCGAUAUGUAUUAUCUAUACAUUCAUUUUACUUUAAAUAAUGACAAUACCUAAGUUAAAAUGUAUUAUUUAUAGAUUCGCUUUGCUUUAAAUAAUUAAUUGCAUAAAUUAAGAUGUAUUAUUUAUAGAUUCGUUUUGCUUUAAAUAAUGACAAUGCAUAAAUUAAAAUGUAUAAUCUACUAAACAUGAAAACAUUCUGUAAUAAUAAAAUAAACAAUUUUCCCAGGGAGAUACAACCCUUUUAAAUGCUAUUGUUAAUGAUUAUUUCUAACAGUUUAAUUUUAAAAACUAUAUUAAAAUAAUAAAUAAGUUUCACCCCAAUAAAUGGGAUGUUUGUGGUGGUAAUAAAUUAAAUGUUUGCGGUGAAGUCAAAUGUUACUUAAUGGUGUGUCAUGUUCUGCUAUUUGGGCCAAGUGGCACAUUCGUCAAUUCCUAGUAACAAUCAUCUUAACUAAGAUGUGGUGUGGCACAAAAUGUUGUCAUAAGAUUGCUGCUGCUGAAAGCCCACAGAAACAUAGACAUUUAAGAAAAUGUAUUUACAGGUUUCAAGAACGACUGAAUGAUCUGUUCAAAACCCGUAAAGAAAUACGGAGAGCCCAAAUGGAAUCAGAGGGUGCCAAGCGAGAGUUGAAAUGGAAGGUCAUCCGCAAAGAACAAGCCAUCAAGCGUGUGCAGCUAUUGACAGCAUCACCUGUAAGAAGACAGCUUAAGAAAAUUACUUCCAAUCUUUUCAAUAACAUAAAGAAACAUAACUUAAUCUCACACUUAUUAUUUAGUCUGUCUGUUCUGAAAAUGCAGGAACAUGUAUUUGUUCAGUUCAGACUUGUACUAUAUUUUAAAAAAAAUUGUUUUAAAUGUGACAUGAUCACACCCCAGCAGUUAUUCAUGAUUAUGGUGUUCUAAAUUCAGUGGAGACUAUUCUUAUUACUAUGCAAUGAAUUUAAACAGAUUUUUGUCUUAGCAUUAAAAUAAAUAUAAUUAAUUAUGGUAUUUUAAAUGUCUUCAUAUUUGUAAAUGUUUGAUUUAAACAAAUAAAAUGACAGGUUUUUCCUUUUUUUUUUUCAUAGGAUCUGCAUCUUUGAAAAACUUUUUCUUGUUUUUUGUUUCCAAGCAGAGUGUCAUUGGGAAACACACCCGUGUGAUUGAAAGAAUGAAAAAGAGAAUAGCAAAAGAGGAGCAGGCCCUGAUAGAUUCUGCUCACCAUGUAAAAGACCACGAUGCAUCUAUUUAUUCCACAUAUUCUUCCAUUGUUUCAAACUUAAAUGAAGCCAAGCAGCUUCCAGAGGUGAGUGAUAUAGGAUUUUAAAAAAAAAAUUAUAAUGAAUUUUGUCAGUUUCAUUGAAGUAAUUAGAGUUUAGUACCAAUAGAUACCUGUGCCAAACUCACAACUGAAGUAAUUAGACUUAAGCACCAAUAAAUAACAAAAAAAAACAACAUGAUAAAUAUUAUGUGUUAACAUUUAUGAACCAUUUCUCCCCGCAGCUGCUUGACCUGAAUGUUAGAAUUCACACAGUCGAGUCCAGCAUGUAUGACAGUCACAUGUAUUUAGCUUUUGUUAAAAAAAUGGCCAGGGCACAAGAAAGACAGUCAGCAGUAAAUGAAAAGUAAAUAUUACACAUUUUAUCACAUUCUUUUAUGUUUAUUACAGCUUCCGUGAAAUGUUUCAUCAUUAUCACUAUUCAGAUCCAGUGGCCGAUUGGGCCUGUGGCCAUGGUGAAGAAUUAUAAGACUCUAGGCAGCUUUUCUUUGUUUGUAUUUAGGAUGUUGGUGUAGUCUGGUGUGUUUGGUACAUUGGUAGGUAGUUUAGGCAUAGGUCCUGGCAAUAGAAGAAAUGAUGUCUCAUUAGAUGUCUGCAGAGUGGGGACACUGGUCUUUUUGCUUGCCUUUGUUGAUUGUGGCCAAGUGUUUGUUAAAGAUCUCUGUUUUCUCUUGAUUUUACCCUAAUUUUUAGUUUUCAUAGUACAUGUGUUUUGGGUUGGAUUUCCUCUUUUCACAGCAGAGGUAACUUAGAAGAGACCACGUCCCAUGCACCAUGCCCUAGGUCCAUUCUUGCGCGGGUCUAGUUCUGCAGUUGUCUGUACUCAUUUAUUUCUCUUUGCUGUCUUGAUAGAUAUUUUCAUUUUUGCCAUGGUCUUAUUAAGAAUUGUUUGUUUUCAAUAGUUUGAUUUGUUUCGAAAGUUUUUCUGUCAGAGUCUUUGCUUUUUCUGGCUUGUUCUAUAUUUUUGUCCCAAAAGCAACGUUUAUGUUUCCUCCUGCAACCUCUCGGGAUACUGAGAAGCAGACAGCUUCUAAUAUGCCUUUUGUGGUUAGUUGGCAGACUUUUUCAGUAGUGUUGUUUUGGGGAUGUCCCUAACUACUUCAUCCUUCCAGCUUUAUCUAAAUCCCAGUUUCCUUUUUUUGAAAAUCAUGCAUGUUCUUGUUUAAAAAUUCUUUUGAUUUAAUGUUGUUGGCGUCAGAAUGGGUCUGUGAUCGCUCCCUGUGCCGUCCAUCAUCUCCCAGGUGUGUAUCUGUAGUAAGUCUGACGAGGAGAGGUCAGGUCUGGUGGUUGUGUUAUGAGCUCUGUGGAGAAGAGCUGGUAUCAACUGUUCUGCAUAGGGAAUAAAUUUGUAGAGUUACAGAGCUCUUCUAUUGCCUCCCAAUGCUGCUGUAAAUUUGGUAUUCCCAUUGAGGCAGUUAAAAAUCCUGGGAAUCACACUCUUGGAGUACCGUACCGGUAUUGUGUGUUCUCUAGGUGGGCAAAAGUUGCAAUUAUUUGUUUGGGUGGGGUGGGGGGACGUUGCAUGUGUUGAAGACUGUAUAUUUUUUUACCAUGGUACCAAACAGUAGCUCUUUGGGUAUCUGAGAUUUGAUCUGUGGAUAUCAUUGCCUUGGAUGUCAUUUCUUAUUCAUGCUAUAAUGCCCUUAUAUUCAUAACAAUUGCAUGUGUAUUGAGUAUACCCUGUGGUGUGUGGGUCUGUAUGUGUUGUGAAGUUUCUUGUAGUAGUACUUUAUGUACCGGUACUUGUUUCAUGUGCCGGAUGUGGGAGAUUCCUACUUUUUUUGUUUGACAUCCCACAGAUGUUGAUUUGCAGGAUAUUCAUAGAUGUGGUUGUGUUUAUCCCAGUAGCGUAUUUUUCUUCUAAACUAGCCCUGGGUGUUGCCAAGCAACAUGGGCCUUGAAAGGCCUUGAAAGAUCUGCUUUAUGUUAAAUUGUACUGAGCGUUUAUUUAAUCUGGUUCAAAUAAAUAGUAGAAUAGAACAGAUAUUUAAAAAAUAAUAACUUAAUUCUAAUUCUAUCCAAGGCAUGUAAGUUUAGUAUGAAGUGCUCUGUCAGAAUGUGUAAAUAGACUGCCACCCAGAAACUGUUGUCAUUAUUAAAAAGGUAAGAAUGGUUUGAAAUUUUUUAAUAAUUAAUUUUUAAACUCACCUUCAGACUGAUCUCUUGCCUAAUUCAAUUGGUUAAGAAACAACACGACGUCCUACACAGCCAAGACCUCCUAAACAAUGAGCUGAAGGCCAAAUAUGAGCAGUGCUGCUACUUGGUGGAAGAGCGGGGUGUGGCGUGGAACAGUCCUGGCUCUCCCCAGGAUGGAAGCAACAAAAUGGAGGAGGAGGAGAUGUGCAUAAGUGAGAUUAUUGACAUACAGAUUCCUAAACUCCAGGUCCAAGGUAAGCGGAUGAAAAUAUUUAAUGUCACUAUUGAUUUGAGAAGCGCAGCUUUUUCUAUUAACAAUUUUUGGCACAGCCUAGUUGAUAGCAUUUUCUGAAAAUAAAAUAGGGUAGAUGUGCGUCUGCUUAGAAUAUGAAUCAAUAUUGGCUUUGUUUUUUAAAAUUUAUACAAAUCAUUACAUUUAAGUUUAAGUGCUUCUUUUUUUUUUUUUGACAGCUUUGCGACUCGACACACCUUCCAAAUUAAAAGCUGACACGCUCCCACAUAUCAAGCAACAGCCGCAAAGAGUGAUGAAGC